AUGAGCAGCAUCAAGACGCGCCUGCACAAUGUGCGCCACAAGUUCCUGCGCAGAAGCAGCGCGACCUCGACGGCUACCCGCUCCAUCACGUCGUCGGCCGGCAGCGACAGGCUGCAACAGCCCACGAGCGCGCUCCGCAAGAGCAUCUCCCUCUCCAAGCUGCCCCAGAUGACCAGCACCGACGUGGCCGACGACGACGACAGCCCGACAGCCCAGCGGAUGGUGCGGUCCGAGGUGUUGGGGACGGCGGCGGCCGAGCGUCGUGCCGAGCCAGCUGCCAGCUUGACGUCGAGAGAUCGACACUCACGGCAGUCUGCAUACACCAGAACCAGCACCAACACGGCCACCAGCGCAAGUGUCAGCACCCGCACCAGCGCCCGCCAGCCAGAGGGAGACGUCGACGUCGACGUCAACACCCCCAUCGCCUGUCCCGAACUCACUCUCGAGGAGCCCACGCCCAUCUAUCCCCAGGUCCAGCCGGGCGAGCUCGACCGCCACGUGCCUGCGCCGUCACUUUCGUCUGCAGAGCCUAGCGACGUCGAAUCUCCAUCACCACUCCCCGCGACCACCACUGCGAAACCGAUUCCACCAGCCGUCAUACGCCGUCAGUCUGUCAUUGCCAACACCGAUGCAAAGAUAAUCAAGACGCUGCUCGCCCCCGACAUCCCCCAGGCGGCCAUAGCAACAGGCCCCCCCACUGCGUCCGACUACUUUGGCGGCGCGCCCGCAAACUUCAGCGCUGGCAUGCUGCACCGCAAGAUCUGGGUCAAGCGGCCCAAUGCCUCGGCCACGCUGGUGCAGAUACGCGAGGAUGACCUGGUCGACGACGUGCGCGAGAUGAUCCUCAAAAAGUACGCAAACUCGCUGGGCAGGAGCUUCGACUCGCCCGACGUGACGCUGCGCAUCGUGCCGCGCGACGCCCAGCAGGGACAGGGUCGCACACUGGGGCCUGAGGAGGAGAUGUGCAGGACCCUCGAUGCCUACUUCCCAGGCGGCCAGAACGUCAACGAGGCCCUCGUCAUCGAUGUGCCCCAGCGCAAGUCCCCCAAGCCCUCGCCGCGCGUGCCCCUCUACUACGAGCAUCAUGAUGACUCGACAAACCACCAGACCGAGUACUUCCCGCCCAUGCCCAUCGUCAAUCCUUCGCCAUCUGGUCGGCACGGCGUCCACCAGAACGAUGCACGAAUGCCAUUGCCCCAUGCCCCACACUCCAUCGCCGUCAUCAAUACUGGCCAGCUCCCUGCCCUACCCUCUCCCGGUGGCUCAAGAAGAGGCCCACUACACAGCCAACGUCCCAACUAUCUCAGACACAACACCGCCUCGCCGACGAUCUUGGCAGGCGGCGUCCCCUCGUCUGCUACCUCGAGUCGUCCCCCGGCCCGACCCCGCCAUGAUUCUUCAGCCUCAGAGGCCAAGAACUCUGCUACCUCCAACAACCCGAUACCCACCCCUCCCGCCACCACCGAUCCCAUCACACGCCAGCAAAUUUUGCAAACGUCGAAUCCACCUACCCCGCGCGUCUCAUCGCCUCAACCCACGACCAAGAAGCGAAGAAAGCGGCUACCACUAGAGUCGCCGAGCUUACCAGCCGGGCUGCUGGACGGCUCAGUGCCACCGAUCAACGUGCUUAUUGUAGAAGACAAUAUUAUCAACCUGAGAGUUUUGGGCGCCUUUAUGCAGCGGUUGAAGGUCCGAUGGCAGCGGGCGAUGAACGGAAAGGAAGCUGUGACAAAAUGGAAGGCAGGCGGGUUCCACUUGGUUCUCAUGGACAUUCAACUGCCCGUGAUGAACGGGCUCGAAGCGACAAAAGAGAUCCGAAGGCUGGAGCGCGUCAACAGCAUUGGUGUGUUCAGCAGCGGGAGCAACGAGGCACCCAACCAGAGGCUUGGGCAGGAAGGAAAGGCUCAGGACGAGUUGAUCGAGGGCGACAGGCUGGGCGACAAGGGGCUGUUCAAGAGCCCUGUCAUCAUUGUCGCGCUUACGGCCAGUUCGUUGCAAAGUGACAGGCACGAGGCCCUGGCGGCCGGCUGCAAUGAUUUCUUGACAAAGCCUGUCAACUUCGUCUGGCUCGAGCGCAAAGUCAAAGAAUGGGGCUGCAUGCAGGCCCUCAUCGACUUCGACGGUUGGCGCAGAUGGAAAGACUUUGCGGACAAGUCUGAGAACAACGACUCGACAUCCAAACUCUCCGUUAGUUAUCACAGCAUGGCCCCAUCGAAGAAAGCCAGCCCCACACUUGCGGCCAUUCCUUCCGAUAGCGUAAAUGGCGUCAAAAAGGACGACGAGGCAAAGGACAAGGAGAGGGAGAGGGAGAGGAAGAGCAAGAGGAGGAGUCUGGGUGUUAUCCCACCGCCUGCCUUGCCAGAGGAGGCUGAGACGCCGCCACUGGCUGUAGACAACCAGAGCUAG